AUGACAACUGCAAUUCACAACGUUUACUCCAAAUCUCUGGACACGGCCCCAGUGCCUUCUCUUGUGCCAUUCUCAUCGGAACCUUCCUAUCACUACAGCGGCUUGACCGAGGGACAAAUAAGACUUCUUGUCUUACAACCAGGGCCUCGCAAGGCCGCAAUCCGCUGCUCCCUACGAACCGUCAAUCUGGCCGACUUCGAUGACAGAUUUGCUGUCGCGCUACAAUCUGAAAUUUCGUCCUAUGAGGCUAUUUCAUAUUGCUGGAAAGAUGUUCCUGGGGAAAGGACCAUUGAAUGUGAUGGUCAACCACUCGAGAUUGGAGCCAAUCUUGAAAUUGCACUCCGCCAUUUUCGUUUUGCAGAUAAACACCGUGUUAUAUGGGCGGAUGGUAUAUGUAUCAAUCAGAAUAAUGACGAAGAAAAAUCAAAACAGGUUUCACUGAUGGGCUUGAUCUACUGGAUAGCGCGAAGAGUUCUCGUGUGGCUUGGCGAGGAAGAUAAACAAGCCACGCCCUUCAGCGCACAGAGAGCGUUCACCGUAAUGCGCAAAUGCAGCUAUCUCCGAGAAGAGAUUGAGAAUAACAGGGCAAAUCUUAAUGCAAAUUCCACCUCUAGGAAUCAUGGAAUGGAAGGUGAAGAUGCCGAAUCAUGGGAAGCAGUUCGACAACUGUUAAUGCGAAAUUGGUUCACGCGAGUAUGGGUUGUUCAAGAGCUUGGCUUGGCGAGAGAUGCCACAUUCUAUUGUGGAGAUUCCUCUCUCACAUUCGAAGACAUGAACCGUUUCUGGGACUUUAUUACUUCGAAUGCCCAUAUGUAUCUGUCCCAAUACCAACUCAACUUCCAAAUGCUCAAUCUGGCCCGUCACUACCAAGAGAGCACGCGAGGUAACCAUCGAUUGGAGUUUGGUAACGAUCCAGAUCUUGCAGAAGAUAUAUGCGAUAUUCUUGGCUGGGCGAGAGGUUUGCAAUGCACAGAUCCAAAGGACGCCGUGUAUGCCUUCUUGGGUCAUCCCACGGCCUUCAAGAGACAACUGCUAGACUCGGAGCCAUACCUCUGGUACCCCCGCAACUUCCACAGCCAAAAGCCAACUAUCAUCAAACCCGAUUAUAGCAAAGCCACGACCGUUACAGAUGUAUACUAUCAGGUCGCACGUACAAUGAUCGAGAAAUACGGGCUAGGCAUGAAGGUUUUACGACACAUCCAACAAGAUGAUAUCACGAUCCAGGACGAUUUUCCUUCGUGGGUACCCCGAUGGCACAUGAUGGAGGCUGCACCGUUAGUGAGCGUGGCAACGAAGUAUGCGGCUGCCACACGUUUCCCAGCCUCCCCCUUCGAAGUAAUACGCCGUACCAGUAUUGGCAUUCCAGGUCUCAGAAUCAAAGCCGUUUCUAUAAGCACGAUAUAUUGGUCGAGACCAUUACCUGCAGAACGGCAUCUUGGACAGCCACAAGAAACCGGGAUAGACAACAGCUACUACUACCCUCUCGAGGAUUUGAUCCAGACGAUACAUGAGCUUCAGAACGAUUUUCCCAGCCAAGAUUACUGCGAUCUGAAAAGUCUUUCAGCUACCUUAACAUCAGGGUUGACGUAUAUUGACCAGGCCCCACAAGGAAUCAUCGAUGACAAAACUUCAACGCAACACUACCAUGAUUUCUGUGCAUACCGUCGCUUCAAGCUUGCCGAGACCAGAACCCCUGGGACGCAAAACAACGAAACCCUGACAUCUCCUCCUCAUCCUCAAAGUAGCGAGCAUGGCGACGCUAAACGCUACAUGAAAGUACUCCGCGCUGGACACCGUGGCUGCUUCCUGACUCGCCGAGGCCGCCUCGGACUCGGUCCACGCAUCACCCAAGGCGGAGACCAACUCUGGCUUCCCAUGGGCGCCGAUACUCCUUUCGUCCUGCGGCCACUCGACGACGGCAAUUUCAGGGUUAUCGGCCAGGCCUAUCUACACGGUGCCAUGCAGGGAGAAGCGACUGGGCAUUUGACUGAACAUGACUUUGCGUCUAUAACUCUGGUGUGA